CUUUGUUGUUACAAUGAAAACAGUAUGCAGUGUCAUGAUGUGGAUAGUUUACCUUUAGUGACGUCUGUUGUAACAUGCUACCAAAUACAUAGCAAAUAAUUUCCACGUUGUGGCUGUUCUGUUGGUUGCACGGAACAUUUCAACUAGUUGAACAACUAAAAUGACUUUGGAAUCAGUUCAAACUCCAUCUCAGUCUGUGGUUGUUGGAGUUACAGUAGCCGUUGUGUCCAGCUUCAUAAAUGGAUCGACGUUUGUACUACAGAAAAAGGGCAUUUUGCGUGCCCGAAAACGAGGUGACUCCUAUUUAACAGACUGUGUGUGGUGGAGCGGCACCUUCGCAAUGAUCGUGGGCCAAAUAGGGAAUUUCUUGGCAUACAAUGCUGCCCCUGCUGUGGUUGUCACACCGUUAGGAGCUCUCGGCGUGCUCUUUGGGGCUGUGCUGGCCUCUCAUGUUCUCCAGGAGCAUCUGAAUAUUCUGGGGAAGCUCGGCUGCAUGCUGUGCUGUGUAGGGUCCGUUGUGCUGAUCAUUCACGCCCCAAAGUCUGAGAACGUGACCACCCGAGCAGAGCUGGAGGAGAGGCUGGGAGAUCCAGUGCUCCAGGCCUACAUCGCGGUGGUCACGCUGCUGCUGGUUGUGCUGAUCGUUUGGGUCGCCCCGGCCCACGGCUCAUCCAACAUCAUGGUCUACAUCUCCAUCUGCUCCCUCCUGGGGAGCUUUACUGUGCCCAGCAGCAAGGGCCUGGGGAUGGCUGCCCAGGACGUCUUCUCGGGCGGGCCUUCCAGCGACGGCGCGCUCUCCCUCUCCCUCGGCCUUCUGGGAACGCUCACAGUCAGCAUCCUCAUUCAGUUCACUUUCAUCAACAAGGCCUUAGAGCGCUUCAGCUCCAACAUGUUCGAGGCCAUCUACUACGUGACUUUCACCUCCACCGUCAUCCUGGCCUCGGCCAUCCUCUUCAGGGAGUGGACCGCGGUGGGCGUGGCCGACUGUCUGGGCAUGCUCUGUGGCCUCAGCACGGUAUCCGCAGGUGUUUUCCUGCUCCGCUUCUCUCAGGAAUCAACCAUCACCUGGAAAGAAGCAGAAGCAAAACCUAAAGAAGACUAAUAGACAUUUUCAAAACUUCUCCUAAAGCCUCUGAGGACCAUAAAUUAAUCAGU